UUUCUGGCUGUUCUGAAGAAACUAGGACGGUUACGAAAUUUACGGUCUGUGACGCUCAAAUGCAGUAGCGAGUGUGUCGGUCCACAGCAACGACGGCACUGGUGGGCGAGAAAUGUACCCGAGAGUAUCAAGUUCAGGGCGGAUGUGCUGCAAAGUCUUUUUGUUGGCUUGAAUGCCAGUCAUGCGACGCCGAAGCUGGAACACCUCUGCAUCGAAAACCUACAAGGAUGCGGGGAUGAGAUAAUGGCUCGAUCCAGAGACUUCCGCGCAGUCAUGUCGCGUAUUCGUAGGCUGGAGCUCCAAAUCACCACUGAGGAUGUUGAUGGCGAUGGCUCUUUGCCUGCAAACCUUGGUAAGAAAGAACUUCAUUCGUUCUUUGGACAACGGCUUGUUCAAGAAUGGCUUGAACCGGUGCGUAACAACUUGACACAUUUGAAGCUCUACUCUCGAAACAUGUAUUUUGGAUACCUUCCAAAAUGUCAUCUGCCCACCUUUUCAGCUCUGCGAUCUCUGAUGCUCGGAGGGAUGAGUUUUAGCCACGAUGAACAGUUGACUUGGAUCUUGUCCCAUGGCAAUACUCUUGAAGAGCUUGUUCUUGACAAUUGUCCUAUUGUCAUUGGCGUGCGAAUACCGUCGACAUUGGAUGCGGACAAUUACCCAAUUGAACCAUUGUUCAACUCG